UGAAUUGCAAGACAAUAAUUUUUUAUAAUUAUUUAUUUUUAAUUUGAUAAAUCCACUGGUUUAAGAAAACUCAAGAAAAGAUAUUUAUGAAAAUGUACUUACCGGAUUUGACAAAUGAAAUAUUGAAGAUUAUGACAAUAAUUGAAGCGACAUUAGAAAAAUAAAAUUCCAGACAAAUUAUCUUUUUGAAGACUAGGCAGCAUGGUCUCCGACCUUAGCCUGUUCCAAACGGAACAAACGUACUAAAAAAAAAAAAAAAAUGUAACUAUUUGACAUUACCUUUCUAUCUGGUUUGGAUUAUUCCAGACAAUUUAUCUUUUUGAAGACUAGGCAGCAUGGUCUCCGACCUUAGCCUGUUCCAAACGGAACAAACGUACUAAAAAAAAAAAAAAAAUCUAUCUGGUUUGGUUUAAAGUGUUUUGCUUUAUUUACUAUUAUUAAAACAUAAUAAAAUAUAUAAUAAUGUCUACAAGUUCUCUAGUAAACAGCAGUGAUAUAUAUACAUACGAAUAUUUCCUUCAAGAAAACAUAUGCAGAUUUUGUUGGGGUCUCGAUGCUGUGAAAGAAGUAAUAUCGGCCGAGCGUGGAAUGGAUAGUUUUAUUAAAAACGAACUUGUGGACAUGAUACGAGACUGUUUAGAUCUAGAUUUAAGUGAUAAUAGUUAUCCUAACAAAACUUGUAUGAAUUGUUGUAGUAAAAUUGAGAAAUUCCACGAAUUUAAGACUUCUUGUCGAGAAAAAGAUAGAAAGCUGCGAGAAAUUUUUAAAAAUAAAACGAGACCUACAGUUCAGUUACAGGGGUGUGUUAAAGUUGAAAAACAGGAGGAGGAGGACAUUUCAAAUUUGGAAUUGGAAAAGAAUCAUUUGAACGGUGAGUUUCUUGCAAGUCUGCAAUAUUCAGAUGAAGAGAGCAAGUACCAACCGUCAGAAAUUGAAAUUGAAAUAGAAAAAAAAUCGAUUGUGAAAAAGAAAAAAUAUAAACCAAAAAGGUCACCGACAUAUUGCAAUAUUUGUAGGUUGGAUUUUGAGACCAUAGAUAGAUUAAGUAGCCAUAAUGCAGAAUCUCAUGGUAUAGAAGAGGGAAGUGGUUUAUAUAAGUGUUUUGGUUGUGAAAAGAGAUUUAAAAGUAGGAAAACACGUCUUGGGCAUGAAAUUAAUUUUUGUAAAGGCUUAAAAGAUGGUUAUAAGUGUGCAUUAUGUAGUAGAUUUCUACCAAAACGGAGAAUGUAUGAGUCUCAUAUGAGAGACCACAGACACAAUCCUAAUGUCUCAGUGGAGUUACCAGAGGAUAUAUUUGAAUGUGCAAAAUGCUUGCAUUGUUUUAAGACAAGAGAAUGUUUAAAAAAACAUAUGACCGAACAUGAUACAGAUAAGAAAAAUUUUGUUUGUGAAAUUCUAUUACAGACUUGUGGCCGAGUGUUCACCCGACAAGAUUACCUACACAAACACAAAUUGACACAUACAGGCACAAAACAACAUGUCUGUUCACACUGCGGGUUCAGGACCACACAGAGGUCCUCUCUUACUGUACAUAUUAGGAAGCACACAGGCGAACGCCCAUACAGCUGUGAUGUGUGCCCGCAACGCUGCAUAUCCAGUUCAAACCUGCGCGCUCACAGGCGGAGACACCUUGGAUUUAAGGAGUACGAGUGUAAUAUUUGCAACAAGAAGUUCGGUUACAAAAUAAGUCUUGAAGAGCACGUUGCGUCCACCCACGAACGUUCGCAGUGUUACCCCUGCGAGCACUGUGGCGCCAUCUACACAAGAGUGAGAGGCUUACGGCGCCAUCUGUUGGCCAAGCACGUGAAACAAGAAGCGACAAUCAAUAAGGAUGAGAAAAAAGGCGCACAGCAAGACGUUUAUACAAAGAUGCCAACGGAAAAUGUUACAGACGUAGAUGGGAAGAAGGUCGAAAGUAGCAUGAAGGCGGGAAACUACGAGUUGAAGGAAAAGGAAGAAUAUGUGCUUAUUGCCAUGUAAUGUGAUAUUGUCAAAAAUAUAUUGAAUUAUGUUUAUUAAAAAGUUAAACAUA